GUGUGUACAUGAAAGUGGUCGUAUUGUAAAGAAUGAAGAAGAUAUAUCUGAUUGCUGUAGCAGGAAAUCUGGGAGUGCUAAUAGUCGGCCAAUAUUUUGGUUGGACAUCACCAUCUCUGCCUAAACUGAUGCAAGGAAAAGAUGAAACAUAUCCUGUGCGUUUAAAUUCAGUGGAAGCUUCUUGGGUGUCAUCUUUACUUAUGUUUGGUAUAAUGUUUGGUUCUAUUAGUUGUGCAUAUAUAGUGAAUAUUAUUGGUAGAAAAAAUACCAUGUUAUUCGCUACUGCGCCUUCAAUUAUUAGUUGGAUGAUGAUCGCUUUCGCAACAUCAUCAUGGGAACUUUAUAUAUCGAGAUUUGUGGCUGGAUUUGGUACAGGUAUCACUUAUACGGCUACACCCAUCUACAUUGGUGAAAUUGCACCAGCAGACAUUCGUGGUAAUUUGGCAUCUAUGUUCACAGUUGCUUGGCAAAUUGGUACCACACUCGAAUACGUGAUAGGUCCAUUUCUAUCAGUGAGAAAUCUCGCUUUAGUGUCCUUGGCAGGGCCUUGCUUGUUCUUCGUAACUUUUAUUUGGGUACCAGAAUCUCCGUAUCAUUUGAUGCGUCGCAACGCCAGAGAGAAGGCCAUCGAAUCUCUCGUUCAAUUAAGAGGCAAAAACGAUGUUCAUAAAGAGGUAGAUGAUAUCGAACAGUCUAUAAAAUUUAAUUUGGCAAAUAAUAGUAGAUUUCGUGAACUCUUAUGUGUAUCCGGAAAUCGCAAAGCCCUAAUAAUACUGAUAACAUUAGGAGCUAUUCACCAUAUGAGCGGCAUUCAGGCCGUGGAGCAAUACGCUGAAUUAAUUUUCGACCAGGCAAAUAGUAAUUUGGAGGGCAAAUAUUUAACCAUGAUAUUGGGCAUGGUACAAGUGGUUAGCACCGUCGUCUGUAUGUUUGUCACUGAUCAUAGCGGCAAGAAAUCGCUGUUAAUGAUUUCUUCAAUCGGUUCAGCUUGUUCAACCGCAAUAGUCGCGAUAUAUUUUCAUUUGCAGCAUGAUAAUGUGAACAUGAGCAAUCUAACAUGGUUGCCUGCUGUUGGUGUAAUCACGUAUGUAAUCAUGUUUUCUCUAGGUUUGUCCGCGUUACCGAUUGCCAUGAUUGGUGAACUAUUUCCCACGAAUGUGAAGGCUCUUGGCAGCAUGAUAACUAUGUUUUCAUCCGGUGUCUUCGCUUUCGGUGUGACAAAUUUGUAUCUAGUCAUAGCUGAGAAUAAUGGCACACACGUGCCAUUCUGGAUAUUCACGGCGUGUAGUCUCGCUGGUACUCUAUUCACGUUUCUGUACGUACCUGAAACCAAAGGCAAGACUUUAGAACAGAUACAAGAGAUGCUGCAUAGUUCGUCGAAGCAGUGAUGAGUGUCGAUAGCAUAUUUUUAUGUUGACUUUCUUUCGAUGAGUUAAUGAAGCGUUCACAAUUGAAGAACAAUUACUGUCGAAGUCGCACUCGCAACUGCUUCUGCAAUUAUUUAAUAAAUAUUUAUUAUAUAUAAAUAAUAAUUAAAUGAUCUGUAUUAUUGUUAAAAUUAUAUAUAAGCUAAAUAAAUUCCGAUACAAAUGUU